AUGAGCAACUCAAACACCGGGCUAAUUUAUAACCAGCAUCUGAGUGCGAAAAUUGAUGCACUUAUUGAAAAGUAUUUGCGCGAACGGGGGUACGACGCGACUUUGAAAGCCUUCACGAGUGAUUUGAGUCAUGAAAUCGAUACAUCUGUAGUCCACGACGAUGAACGACUUGAAGUAAUUGUCAAUGAAUAUGAAAAGUAUCUCAAGGCUCAGCCCGUUUUUAACUCGCACGCAGCUACCCAUACACCCAUCGACCCUGCCAAACGAUUCUACUAUGAUGCUGCACGCAAGCCCUCAGAAUACCCACUCACAUCUUUUGCAGCCACACAGCUUGUGACUCCCUUUGAUACUCUCGGGAUUGUGACAGCCGUCAAAAUUAUUUCAUUUAAAACAGAAAUUUCCUCGCCCUUUUUCAGUGGACACCCGGGACCGAAGUUCCCCGACGUAUGUGUUCUUGCAUCAGGCUCAGACAAGUCGCUGCGCUGUUACGAUGCCACACGAAGACUCCAAUCACAACAAAAAGAAAAGGCUGGCAGUAGUAAUAGUAGUAGCAGCAGCAGCAGCAGUAGUAGUAGUGGUGCUGGCGAUGAAAAAAGUGCCCUUGUGCACGUGUGGCAUGGUGUGCAUGGUGCUGGAGCCGCGGUGCGCUGCAUCGUGCCAUUAGGAGGAGCACUUGUACUCACAUCUGGAAUGGAUGGCCGACAUGUCGUCACACACAUGGGCACAGGCUUAUGUGUGGGAGCCGAGAGAGCUCACGCGCGUUUUGUAAACGCAACCACUUUUGACCCCAAGUCUGGACUUUUGGCAUCUGCUGGGUACGAUGGGUUCAUCAAGGUAUACCGGCUAAGCGUAAAGGGAGACGGAGAAGAUGUAAAAGUUGAGUUUACAUUAGUCGGGUCGCACAAGUUUUUGCAAAUUCCUACGGUCGUUGAGUUUGCCCGGUUACCUGCCAGUGCAGGACCUCUUGCCGGACGACUAGUGCUGCUUGGGUGUGUGCAAGACUCGACACGAUUGUAUUAUUUGGAUGUCGAAGAUGGAGACAUGAAUUCUGGAGACCGCGAUGCUCUACGAAUUUUAUCCAAGACCAAUUUGCUUGAUGCGGAAUAUGCAUCCACAUUUGUUGCGUUUAGUCCUAUGGCAUUGGCCAUUGCACCCGAUGGAAGUGGCCGAUAUGCUGUUGCGACAUCACACACACCACACAUGCGCGUAAUUAUCGGGCAGCUUGGACUUGAGGCCAUUGACGAUGGGGAAGCUGCUGUUGCUGCUGCGCAAGGAAAUGUUUGUGAGAACUCGGAUCCAUAUUACGUUCACGAGAGCAAGGAAGUGGAGGAGAUGCGCCGACGCAAUAUGAACAAUCUGGUGCUGCACAAUAUCCAGGCACAUGCGCCGCAAGACAAGUUUUCAAUGCCGCGCGUGCGCUGGAGUACUGACGGUAACGGCGUGUGGGUGACGGGUGAUGAUGGAAUAGUACGCGGAAUUGAGAUUGAGACUGGAACAGUUGUAGUAGAAUUGGGCCGCGCGGACUCAGGGUCUGAUGCUCGACAUACGGAUAAGGUACGUGAUUUGGAUGUAUGGGAGCUUCCUGCAGAGAAUGCAACUGAUAAGCCCACGCCAAUUGUUAUAUCUGGUGGAGUCGAUAGACGAGUGAUUGAGUAUUUUGUUUAA